AUGUUGGAGGGACCCGUGAUGCCGGCGAGCCUGUUUUCGGACAUGGGGAUCCAGAAAGCGCCGAUGGAGGAAACGAACACUAGGACGCUGGAAAUUGCGUUGGAACUGUCGAGACUGACGAUGGUUGCGAAUCCGGAACCCGCGUCGCCGGUCGAGGACCCGUCGGCUGGUCUAACGGCACUCAUCGUUCCGGAGGAGCCGCGACCCAAGAAGAGCCAGAACAUGACCGAGUGUGUGCCGGUGCCCAGCUCGGAGCACGUGGCUGAAAUCGUCGGUCGGCAAGUUACGACGGAGACGGAAGGAAAGUGUCGGUUUUCGCCUGAUGCUGUACCUUAUCUCAAUGCGUAA